UUUCAGGGUCGCCGCCUUCGUUUGCAAUCCACGGAAAGGGAACCACUCCCAACGAUUGUAGCGAGCGCUUCUCCUACAUGUUAUAAACGAAGUUUGCGACGACAGAGAGUUGUGCACACUGGUUAAGCAGUUCAUGCAGUUUCCAGGGGCUGUUUUAUUGUUAUAUUAGCGGCGUUUGGAAGGAUUGGAAGAGGCGACAGGCGUUUGCCUUCGACUGUGGCCAUUUGCCUUGUAACUUUCGGCGGCGCAAGUUUCAACAAAAAACCAAUUCAGAAUGCAGCAAAGCCAGAGCCAUGGCGCUGGCGACCUCGAAAGUCUUAGGCAAGAAGCAGAAGUACUCAAAGCCCAGAUCAGGGAUGCAAGAAAAGCCGUUUGUGACACAUCAUUGAGCCAAGUAACACAUAAUAUCGAACCAGUUGGUAGAAUACAAAUGAGAACAAGAAGAACACUUCGUGGUCACUUGGCAAAAAUUUAUGCAAUGCACUGGGGCAAUGAUUCAAGGAAUUUAGUAAGUGCUUCACAAGAUGGAAAGCUUAUUGUUUGGGAUUCAUAUACAACAAACAAGGUUCAUGCGAUACCUCUACGAUCCAGCUGGGUAAUGACUUGUGCAUAUGCUCCCUCGGGAAACUAUGUCGCAUGUGGGGGCUUGGACAACAUCUGUUCAAUUUACAGUUUAAAAACAAGGGAAGGAAAUGUAAGAGUUAGCCGAGAGUUACCAGGCCAUACAGGUUACCUGUCAUGUUGUCGCUUCACAGAUGACAAUCAAAUUCUCACCAGUUCAGGAGAUAUGACAUGUGCACUAUGGGACAUUGAAACUGGACAACAGACCACUGCAUUUAGUGGUCACACUGGUGAUGUGAUGAGUUUAUCAUUAUGUCCAGACAACAGGUCUUUUGUAUCAGGAGCUUGUGAUGCUUCGGCGAAGCUGUGGAGCAUACCAGAUGGCAUGUGUAAACAAACAUUUACUGGACAUGAAUCAGAUAUCAAUGCAGUAGCAUAUUUCCCCAAUGGAAAUGCAUUUGCAACAGGGUCAGAUGAUGCUACCUGUAGACUGUUUGACAUCCGUGCUGAUCAGGAGCUCAUGGUUUACGCCCAUGACAACAUUAUCUGUGGAAUCACCUCUGUCGCAUUCUCAAAGAGUGGCCGUCUGCUACUGGCAGGUUACGACGAUUUCAACUGCAAUGUGUGGGACACACUGAAAGGAGAACGUGCAGGCGUUCUCGCUGGGCAUGACAACCGCGUCAGUUGUCUGGGUGUCACUGAAGAUGGCAUGGCUGUGGCCACUGGAAGUUGGGACAGUUUCUUGAAAAUCUGGAACUAAACUUCUUUAACCCCACUCCCCCCCUCCUACUCUCCCUAUCCCUGAGAGCAAAGUUUUAGUGUUUAUAUUUUAUACAUUGCGAUAUAAGUUGUGGUUCUCAUUGGACGGCAUACGACUCUUAGGUGCACCCAUCAUUGUUGUCAUUGCUCCAUCCGCCAACAAGUUAUUGUAGAUCUUACCCCUAAGACAGAAUUUGUGACAUUCCACUUACACUUAAUCAAAGGGAAGGUUGGGCCACCUUUUAUCGCAAGGGAACGUCUAGGUUUUUGCCAGCAAAAGUUGUGCAUUGUAAUGAAAUCAUCAAUGUAAAAAAAAAAGAAGAAAUUGUUGCAGAAUCUAAUAAUCUAUAGGAUUAAGAGGAGAUGUGAUUUAUGUGUUUGUUUCACUUGAAUAAUUUACCCCCUGGCAGAGGCAAAUGAAUCCUUGAAGCAAAACUAUAAAAAGAAAGAAAACUAUGAGAGAUUUCUGCCAAUUAUAAUGCGCACAUUGCAUUUUUCUUUCCCCUAAUUUGUAUCUCUGCGAUCUUGUCGCUUCUGUAAUUGUGAAUAAUAAUAUCGACAUAUAGUGUUGCUAUAUCAUGUUGUCUAAAUGUAAAAAAAGAUAAACGUGCUUGCAGUUGCAGUAAACUAUCUGGAGAGUUGCACUGGAUUGGGUCAUCUUUGUUGCUAUGAUCAAAUCUCAUUUUCUCCGUCAUUUCUUUUAGUUAUUACUACUAGGAAUUAAAAAAAAAGAAAAUGUAUUUUUUAAGGGAGAUCUCAGUAAGAAGUUAUGACUGCCUUGCAGUUACAAUUACAACGACUGAAAGCUGUAAUUUAUUCUCACAUUGAAAAUUAAAGGAGACUGCAUACAAGAAUCAAAGACCUGGUCUUUGUCUUUCAUGAUUUAUGUUGCAAAAUUACAUGAAAUAAAGAUAAUUAAAUGCAGAAUCACCUACACUGAAUUCAAAGUGUUCCCGCUUGUAAUAUCCAGUGCAACUAUUUCAGCUUGUAGCUGCUCUCGUGUCAUAGCUAAUUAAAUCAUAGGGUUUGUAAACUGUUAGCAGUGAAAGGCCAUGAGGUGUUGUUCAGGUUGUAAAACCGACUUUAUAUUGUCAUUGUGAAAUGUGAGUCAAUAAAGAUGAAUUCUUCAAUGUA